GGGGUCUUCCGGCAGUCCUGACGCUCUGCCCGCGACGUCAUUGUCGGGCAUUUCCGGGAGAGCGGCUGAGGCGACCUGAGGUGAAGCAGCCCACCAAGACACAAUGUCAGAGCUGAGUGAUGAAGCCAGCGAGUCGGAUCUGCUGAAUCUCAGCCUAUCCAUGUGGCAUGGCGCAGGUCAGAUGGUCUGUCGCCAAGAGUUAGAUGUUCCACUGGACCUUCACACAGCAGCCUCAAUUGGCCAGUAUGAGGUGGUAAAGGAGAGUAUUCAACGUGGGGAGGUAGACCUGAACCAGCGGAAUUGCGGUGGCUGGACCCCGCUAAUGUAUGCCUCUUACAUCGGUCACGACACCAUUGUGCGCAUACUGCUAGAGGCUGGCGUGAAUGUGAAUGUACCAACACCAGAAGGGCAGACUCCACUGAUGCUGGCUUCUAGCUGUGGAAAUGAGAGCGUUGCUACCUUCCUCCUUCAGCAAGGUGCCGAGUUGGAGAUGAAGGACAUCCAUGGCUGGACUGCCCUCUUCCACUGCACUAGUGCUGGCCAUCAGCAAAUGGUCAAGUUCUUAUUGGAUAAUGGAGCAAAUGCGAACUGCAGGGAGCCCCUUUGUGGAUAUACUCCUCUGAUGGAAGCAGCUGCAUCUGGCCAUGAGAUCAUUGUCCAGUAUCUUCUCAAUCAUGGUGUGAGAGUGGAUGUACGCGAUAGCACCGGGGCGACGGCACGGAUGUUGGCCAUGAAGUAUGGACACAUGAAGAUUGUGGGGCUGUUAGACCUGCACACAGCCCCUGUGCCCAAGGUCUUCUGCAGGGGCCCAGGAAAGUAUGAAGAUCUCAGCUCGUCGGACGAAUCCUACUCUGCCCCUCAGAGGCAGAGGCCUGCUCGCAAGUCCAAAGGCCCCAGUAUUCACGAAGGGCCCCACGCUUUGGCCAAGAUCACGGCGGUCAGAAUUGGAGCGAAAAGCCCACCUCGUUAUGAGCAGGUCCCUCCAGAAGGCUACGUUACCUUUAAUGACGAUGGGAGUGCCUUUGAAGGAGGAGAUCUCCGCUACAGAGAUGUCACAUCUCCCAUCAAUGAACAUGAUGUGGAAAGCAGCAGCAGCCGGGAAGAGAAUUCCCUCUUCACCAAUAACUUAGCCACCAUCAGGACCAGCAGCAGCAGUGAAAGUCUUGCCAAAGCCGUGGGGGUCAGCAGCGAGGGCUCUCUGGAAAGCAACGAGGAUUCAGACCAUGCAACGAAGCUCUCCAUACGAAAGCAUCCCAAGAGCUACAUGAAGGCAAAGAAUCGCUGCAGCAACAGCGACAGCCACUGGUCUUACCGAUCCCGGGUGUCCAGCCAUCACUGCAGCCCCUCUCACGCAGAGGCACCAUCUUACACGGGGCCCCAGGAUCUGGCCACCUUCCUUGAGCAGAUUGGCUGCCUGAAGUACCUGCAAGUGUUUGAGGAGCAAGACGUUGACCUUCGCAUCUUCCUGACCUUGACAGAGAGUGACUUGAAAGAAAUUGGCAUCACCCUCUUUGGACCAAAGAGGAAGAUGACCUCUGCCAUUGCUCGAUGGCAUAGCAGUGCCCGGCCUCCCAGUGAUGCCCUGGAGCUGGCCUAUGCUGAUCGCCUGGAAGCAGAAAUGCAGGAACUGGCCAUUCAGCUCCAUAAGAGGUGUGAGGAAGUGGAAGGGCUGAAGGGUCAGGUGUCCCAGGAGCAGGAGCUGCGUGCCGUGGUGGAGAGCUGCUUGAUGGAGCGGGAUGUGGUCUGGAGCAGUGCUCAGGCCAAACUCCGAGAGGUGCAGGCCAUCGCCAGGAAUGCUGGAAUCCUCCUAGAACAGAUGCAGGCCUGUCAGGCAGAACUGUCUUCCCGAAUGAACCGAGAGCAUCCGGCUGGCCGGUUGUUGGAAGUGAAAGCGCAGCUGGGACCCAGCACAGAAGGAUGGCCGUCCUCCUUGAAGGUCCUCAGUCUGCCUGAGCUCUCGGCCCUUCUGGAGGAGUGCUGGGGGGAAAUGGGGAAGGCUCUUAGUUCUGUCAACAUUAAUCUCGAGAGCCUGCAGAGUCUAGAGAAGGGCAAGCCGCCCCAGAAAUAGCCCUAGGAGUGGAGGAAGAGGUUCUGACGUCGGGUGAACGUUCCACCCAGAAGCUGUGUUUUACCUGAGGAGGAAGCGUGAGUGAGUGCAAGAGAGAGAGAGAUGGCUCUGCGGCACAGGUCAUCUGCAGUGAGAGCCGCCAGCUGCUGUCCUGGGAAAGCAGGUGCGCUGUUGCAAAGAAGGGAGGCCAGAUCUGCUGUGCUGAAGGAGCAACAUGGCACCUAAAUCCUGCUGGAAGAGCUGGAAGCAAAGGGUUCUUUCUAAGCUUGGAAGUUCCAAGGCGGGCAUUUUGUGUCUGCAUCUCUUGCUGGAUAUUCUGUCUGUUUUGGCAACCAGGUUCCUCUCCAUUGGUCCCCUUCCCUGUGCCCACACGGGAGGAAAGAUGAGGCGGGAGGUGGCCAGGAGACCCUGCGCUUAGAGGGUUUUAUCCUUGGGAGGUUAUCUGUUUGGGGAGUGCAAGGAACUCUGUGUCCUGCCCAGCUGCAUGGAGGCCUGAUGUAUACCUGAGCUGGCACUGCAAUAGUGGGGAGGGGGUUCUGUUAUAAAAUCCCAUUGUUUAACAAACAAAGCAACCCCCCCCACACACACUUUUCCAAUGUAAGUGCCACCUGUAGUACCAACUACUGGGCCUCUCCUAGCCCUUUAUUCUUCCUGCAGGGAACUUGUGGCUUUAUUCACAACAACUUACAAUGAGAUACCACCUCUCAGCGCAGGCGUGAAGUUAUAAAACUUCUUGCUGUCUUGACUUGGGCUGCUCAUGGCUUGGCCGGGAAAAUCUGUGAGUUCCAGCAACCAAAGACCACAACUUACAGGGAUUGCUUACCCUGGGAUGUGCAAGAACUCAUGCCCACUUUGGAGAA